AGCCACUACCACUCAUUCGGUUCCUCAAUAAAUGACCCCAUAACUCAGGACACGCAUGCAAACACACACACACACACACACACACACACACACACACACACACACACACACAUAGAGAUGAAUGCCGUUCUUUGCUUCACAGCUUAAGAUGCUCAUCUUAAGUGAGGCCACAAAUUACUGUCAUGCCUUAAGGCCUAUCUUGAUUAUGCAGCUGUUUCCUGUGUUCGUUUUAAUUAGAGAGAAUUCACAUUGACAUGUGACUCAGUUAUCUGCUGUUGUAGAGAACAUGUUGCCCUGGGACGAUAUUCGAAACGUUUCAAUUUCCUUUCAUCUCAAAUGACUCGCUUGGGGAGUGUGUUGCCUUGAUUACAUUUUGCUCUGUUUGUUGAUAAAUGGAUUAAUAUUAGCUUUCAUGUGUUUAAUAAAAAAAGAUUAAUAAAACUGCAUUUGAAGAUAAUUAUGGUUAAAGCCUGCUCAUCUUUGCAGACUUGAUAGCUUUAGAAAGCAUUUGAUGAUGUAAUAAGAAAAAUAAAUAUUGUUACAAUUCAAAAGGGUUAUAAGAUCUAAAGAUCUGCUUUAGAGUCUGACAGUGUACUCCAGGGUUUGGGACAGGAUUUCACAAACAGACUGCAAUAUGGAACCUGAACACUUCAGCUUUGUCCCAGAACAUGUAUAAAGGGAUAGGAUAAGGGUAGUUCACAUAAAAUGAAAAUUCUGUCUUUGUGAACUCAACCUUGUGUGUUCCAAAUCUGUAUGACUUUCUUUCUUCUGUGGAAUAGUAAAGAUCUUCACUGUAGAAUGUAAACCAUACACGUUUGGAAUGACAUGCGGGUGAGUAAAUGAUGGGAAAAGCUCAUUUUUCGCUGAACUAUUCCUUUAAUUAAACCACCCUGUAGUGGUAGCUGUAGCUGUAGUGUGUCAGUAGGUUUCCAAACAUUGAUUUUGCCAUUAAUUGUAAUAAUCCAGUGAGAUUUUUGUUUGCACAAGGAGUCUGACAACAGCCAGUGCUCCACACAGAGAUCUGAUCUGAUCAUCAUCUGUCUGGAAUGACAUGAAGAAACAGAACAAACUGAGACAGACUAAAUCCAGAAGAACUGUGGCAAUGUCUCCUGUGGCAAUGUCUCCUUGAACCUUUAUUUAAUUGACUAAAUUACAAAGAAAAAAUUCCAAUGUUUUCACUGGGCAACUUAAUUUUAUUUUGUAAAUACAAUAUAAACAAAUUUUGAUUUUGAUGGCUACAGCACAAUCCAAAAAAGUUGGGACAGAGGCAUGUUUACCACUGUGUUUCCUUUUAAUUACACAUUUUAAUCAUCUGGGAAUUAAGGAUGAUGGUUUUCAAAGUUUUACAAGCAACAUUUUUGCCCAGUCUCGCUUGAUACAAGACUUCAGCUGCUCAACAGUAGACAGAUGGCCAGUCAGUCACAUCCACAUGUGUCUGUAAAACCAUGCUGUAGUAGCACAUGCAGAAUGAGACCUGGCAUUGUCUUGAUCUAAUACCCAUGGAUUCUCAUGAAAGAUGUCAUCUUCAUGUCAGUGGUACCUUUACACAUAUGCAAGUCACCCAUGCCGUUUGCACUGAUGCUCCCUCAAACCAUAACAGACGUUUGCUUUUGCACCUCUUACUGAUUGAUGUCUGGAUGGCCCUUUCGUCUUUGGAACUGGCAAUUUGAUUUGUUUUUCCCAAAAACUAGCCGAAAUGUGGACUCAUCUGACCACAGCACACAUUUUCACUGUCUUUUGGACAGUCUAAGAUGAGCUCGGGCCCAGAGAACUCACUGACAUCUCUGACUAGAAUUGAUGGCAGAUUUCUCUUUGAGUAACAGACAUUCAAGUUGCAUUUCUUGAUGCAGCUGCCGACUGUGUUAAGUGACAACAGUUUUCCAUAGUACUCCUGAGCCCAUGUGGCUAUAUUUCACACAGCAGCAUGAUGUUUCUCAUGCAAUGCCAUCUGAGGGCUCAGAAGUCAGAACAUUUCACUUUCAUUAUGCCUCUGUCCCAACUUUUGUGGAGUGUGUUGCAUCCAUCAUAAAUUAAAGAUCGUUUAUAUUUACAAAACACAUUUAGGUUGGUCAGUUUUUGCUGUUUACAGAGCCAAGUGACAGGUGUGACUUCUCAAGACACCUAUUUCACAAUUUCAGUGAUAUCUGUCAUGUAGUAGGGAAAAUGUAAAGAAUCACUUACAGUGCCUUUGAUAUCAUAUUUGUACAUUUUACAUUUAUUCACUUAUCCAAAGCAAUUUACUGAUUAAGACAACAAGAUGAUUCAUCAUAAAGAGCAUGAGAAGUGCUAACAAUACAAAGUUUCAAACAUUGUCUAGAGUAGUACUUUCUAGAACAGGAAGUGUUGAAAUAAAUAGUGAAACCAUAUAAGACUUUUUUUUAAGAGUCAGCAGGAUACGGUCAAGUGCUCACAGAAGAGAUGAGUUUUUAGCCAUAUAAACUACAUUCAUAUAUUCUUAUAUUAAAGACAGAACCAGGCCCCCAGAGACAUUUGUCUUUGAACUUUCCAGCAAGUGAACAGUGAGGCAGAUAAAUAAAAUUUCUGCCCAACUGCAGAUCUUGGCACACAUAUACGUUAUUUACCAUGAGUGGAUUAGACUAAGCUUUAAUCUUUCUGGCGAAGGAAAUGUGUAAACUCACCUGAAGAUGAAUUGACAUGAAAACUACAAGCUCUCUACCCUGUAUUUAAGCUUUAUCUGAAUCUGUUUAAUAAUGGAUGACUCGAAUACUACCUUAUCAUAGCAGCUCACACAGGCUGAGGCGCGCAUGAAAAAUUAUACGCAGUCAAACGCGAUGAGGGUGAUGAGGGAUUCUACUGACGCAGAAAUCCGUUUUAUUUUUCUCAGCUUGCUUUUGUUCACGUGUCAGUAAUCUAAUCUACUUAUAAAUGACUAGAGAGCAAGGUAAAGCUCACAGUAGGCUCCUGCAGAGAGUGUAGUGUGAGCUCUGUUGGAUAGUAUCCUGUGUAGUGCAUCUCAACAGAACUUCAUUAUGGUGUUAUGUAUGUGUAGCUUAAAAGAAACCAAAAGAGAAGAUUAAGUAUGGGGAUUGGUUUCAUAUUUUUCAUUUUCGGACUCACAGUGAGUGCUAAGGAGGACCUGCAAGGCUUUCAGUCCCUACAAACCGAGAGUGCAACCUUCAUAACAACUAUGCCAUCAGAAGAGCAAAACAGCUCCAGUGACAACGGUGGAAAAGUUUCCACUGAAAGCCCUGCUCGCCUGACUAUGGUUGUAAUCGCCUCUCCAGGGACAGAUUUGUUCCAUACGCCACAUGAGAGGCAGCACUCAAGUACAGUAAAUGCAACCACAACCACUGAUAAAGACGCAAUUACCUCAAAUGGGCCGAGCUUUGUCUUAGCUUAUGAUACAGGUUCACGUUCCACGGGUGAGGACGGUACGGCAGCGAAGCCAUUUCAGUCUGACGGAGACCUCUCAUUGAUCUCCAAUGAUGAGGAGAGGCUUCAUCCCUCAGCUGAGGCUGAAUUUAAGUCAAUGAUGAAUGACACCAUGAUGCUUGCUGCUCAUCUGUCCAGAGGCAGGGAAAAGAUCUCUGCUUUUUUUCACGCUUCGCUGGAAAGCAAGAAUCAAAGAGUCUUGGAGUCUAUUACUCCUUCGCCCGCAAAUGGCAUUCCCAUGGUAUCGGCCACUGAUCCAGCAGUAAUUGAUAACCUUGGGGAGUCAAACGAGAGCGUGGAAAGAUGGGUCGAAAACAAGACUGAAAAUUGGACUCUGGAGUCGUUUGGAGCUGAUGACCCUCUGAAUCAUACUGAAGAGUUUUCUUUGAAUAAGAACCAUUCAACCAUUAUGCAUUUUACACUCUUGCAGGGUACGGGGAUUUUAACCACUGAGCAUGGUCAAAAUCCAAGAAAUGGAUCUGAGCAUGAGCCAAAAGAACAGAAGAAUCUGCUUUCACCAAGUUCACUCAUCCUUGAUACUCCAUUACAAGUGAAAUCAACCAGCCAAGUAAUAGUUAAUAAAAUGGCAGAAAGCAGCAAAAAUCCCAGCACCAAUGGACCAAAACCCUUCGGGGUGUCACUAAAGCAACCAGACUCAAUGUUUUUAUUCUCCGCUUCAAAGCUGACCCCUGCAAAGAAUCCAGACACAACCACGCUGAAUUAUUUUUCAAACAUGGUAACAGCUGCUGGCAAAAUGCACGUGACAAAACAAUUUGUGGCCUCGCGGUUGAUAUCUGACUCCGUGCAUAGAAUUGUCUCAGUGAGGGAUGGACUAGAAAGCAAAUCAAUUUUUCACACCGAAUCAAGUAAAGAGCGUCAAAUUAAACAAACGCUCCAAACCUCACCAACAAGUUUCCUUCAUCGUCUGAAUAAAAGUGACCUUUCUUUGCCCACUCAAAACUUUUCAUCUUUACUCAAAACGUCCCAUCUUUGUACCAAAGGAGCCAGAACAUCUAAUAUCUCUGUGAUGGAGAAACGUAACAGAAUGGAUAAUUUUCCAGUUCGGCUGAGUGAAUUGAUGGCCUUUAGUACUGCCUCAUUAACCAACGCUGAGGAAGCAACUACAGCGAGUGAUAAGCGAAUGUUCAUGAAACAGACUCAAAGUUCACUUGCUGCUCCCCGAACCUUUUCACCUCAAGAAGAUGCUUCAAAACAGCUCUAUCAGUUUGACGAAUUAUCUACAGCGGCGCCUCCUCCACCUCUGACAAAGCUUAAGAAUGUGUUUAAUGUCUUCAAAGUGAACGAUCAUCAGCCUCGACAGCCUCUAAAUCAUUUUCCCUCAGAGAGAUUAAAGCCUUUUGUAUCGGUUCAAGCUCCUGAAUCGAUUCCACCUUCGUUUACAUAUGCAACUGUGAGGAGAUUCGCAAAUAUGGAAGACUUUACUAAACUUGACUCUACGAACCAAAACCAAAAAUCCCCAUCUGACAUAACCGAGAGGCCAAACAUGAUCUCAAACAGAUUAACAAGACACGAAAUGGUAAACACAACCACAAUAAACAAAAACAUAUCACAUUUUAGCAUUCCCCCAACACAUCAGACUCCUAACAGCUACAUAUCCACAACAAAGUCCUUCAUUACAAUAACUAUGUUUUUAAAACCCCGGGAGUCUUUUGCCAACAUCUCCCUGUUUUCUCAUGCUGUUCCACAAAAGAAGUCCUUUCUGCUACCAACAACUUUCGCAAAGUCACAAAAUACAGUGACAACAGAUGCCAGAGUUUUGUCCAUCUCUAAGAAACGUAAUAGUGAGUAUGCCUUUUUAAAUCACUCAAUGAAAACUGGAAACACUGGUUUGCCAUUAGACAACAGACAACUUAUUAAAAACCCAAGAGGGAAUGUGACGCUUUUUUUGGGCAGCUACACAGUUAGCAGUAUCCCAUCAGUCCAGCAGCUCGUUGAAGCUCACCCUGGAGACAAAUUCCUCACAGAAACACCGCAAUCACAAUCUGGACUUCAGAUUGAGUCAUACUUAAAGAAGAGAGAUGGCACAGUUGAACCAACAACUCUGAAACACCAUAAUCAGAGCAGUCAUUCCGUUGCUGGCAUGAAUCAAACCUCGUUCACGUCAAAUUCGCACAGGAUUGUUUCAAGUCCAAUUCACACUACUGUUUCCCCUGUUGCUCUCUCAAAUACAGAGUUUGAACAACAUUUGACCUUCUCUGCUUUGCCGUCAGUAUCUAUUGAGCAGACAAUGACGCAGAUAAAUGGACUUGACAACCACAAAGAUUCACUUCAAGUAUUUGUCAAUUUAUCAGAUGUUAAAGAGCAUCCUAAGAACAUGACAUCCAGCCCAGUUUCUGGCUUCAGUAGGCACACAACAGCUGCAGCACAACCAGAAGGGGCCUUGAACACGUCACCCCUUGAAUCAUUCACUCGAACAACUUCACCAACUUUCCCUUUGGAUCUUAUUCAUAUGCAGAAUGUGUUGCAUAAAGAGCAUAUGACCUUAGCUGAAAACCAGACUGAAUUUUUCUCAACAGUAAAUGAGCAUUCGCGAACAACACAGUCAAACUUUCCUUCUGACGAAAUGUCCAGUUCAGACACAACAGAUGAUGUACAAAAACACCUUGGGCGGACUGUGCUGUCUGCUGUUACUGGGGAAAAGUUUUCUCCUAUUGUCCACACGGAUUUGAGUUUCUCAAGUACAGAGACACAAUCGCUCCCCAAAGGUUCAUUACAGUCUAGGGAAGGGAGUGAAGAUAUUUCACAUGGCACCACUCCAUUUGCUGAAAGUGACUCAGGGGUAUCUGCUGAGUUCAUGUCAGACCUGCCAGUGAUAAACAGGAAGAGGAGGAUUAUAGCACCCGAUUCCCUCAGUGGUCUCGCGCAAAUCUCAGAUGAUAUCUGCGGCACUGGCAACUACACAGCAGAGAUGAGUCUGAACUUGGAGAGAGAUAUCAUGCCCGGAGAUCUCAUCCCUGCCCUCGGAAACCUACGCGUCGUCAUCAGCCUCAAAACAAAUAACAGCCAGGUGAACCUAGAGAUAAAAUCCUGCUGCCUCUCGCCCACCGUCAGACUUGAUGAAUUUAACACCACCUGCUGCAUUUUUUCCAGGCUGCCUAUAGACCCUCAUGGCAUUAGACUGCUUCCUAGCGUCCUGUCAAAGAGGGCCAGCUUCACCAUCAGUCUCUUCCAGAUGAUCAAUUAUUCCACCGCUUACCUGCACUGUGACCUGAGCGUGUGUUUGAGGAACCAUUCUGAGUGUGAGAGGCAGUGCGUUCAGAGUCGAAAUGCGCAUCUCGGAGAGGAAGCAGGGGCCAUCUUCAGCAGCGCGGGAAACCGCAUUUCUUUCGGCCCUGUUUUGAAAGAAGCAGACAAUUCAUCAUUCUCUGAAACAGCAGAUGACACUGAAGCCGUGGUGGUGAUUAUCAGCUCAGUGGCCGGCUGUUUGCUGGCGUGUUUGGCUCUCUUUCUUGUCUGGAUGGCAAACAGACGUUGUCUGCAAAGGUCUGCCUACUGCUGGUCCAGGGCCCUUUGUGAAUGCUAACAGAACAGAGCUCACUGCAAACCAGCCCAACCGGACUGAAAUCUGCAUUGAGCAUUCAAUCAUUAUCUGACAGGUUUUGAAUUGCUUAUCAUUAUGUUUAGUUAGCUGCACUGGGAAGCUGAUGAAACUAUUAACAUUGUUAAAAGAGGCCCAAUGUGCUCUUGAAUGUGCGAUUAUUCUAUCAUAGUGCCAUGCUUUGAAUAUUACAAUAGAGAUGUAAAAAAUGCAAGCCAGUCAGCCAUUUCAUUGUGAACACAUAUACAUGCUAAGUAAAUGUGUAAAUAAUGUAAACAGAUAGCCGUGUAAAGGGAUAAUUCAUACAACAGCUUGCCGUCAUGUCGUUCCAAAACCUUUCUUUCCUCUUCGUAAAGGUGCAGUCAGAUUUACAAAAUUUUCACCUGCAAAAUGCAAUCAUUUCUGUGAAUUUCGUGAGAAGGCAAAAGUUUUCGCAGUGGGUUCAAGUUGAUCACACAGACUCUCUAAUUGAAAAUUGCCACACUAGUGAUAAUUUACUGUGAUUGUAGACUACACUUUUUUUAUGCACUUGUCAAUUUUAAGAUUUUGGUAUUUCUCAAAUAUAUAUCUCAAAAGUAUUUUUUCAGACUAAUGGAAGGAAAACAUCCCAAAUACACUUUAAGUGCUUCUUUUAUAGCACUUUAUCUAUUUGUGUUUGUAGAUUUCAGUCACAAUUCAUAUCUUUAAAGGCUGUUUUCUCAAAAUGUGUGUUUUUUUUUUCAAAAUCUCCACUUCAGUAUCACUUACAUACACCAUAUUUUACAGUUUUAUUUCUAUCUAUAUUCUUUAGGUUUUUACAGAGGUUUGUUGUAUAAUUUGCCUGGUUUUACACAACAUUUUAUUCCCCCCAAAAAUAAAAAAAUUCAAUAAAAAGAGAUAUCCAAACAAAAUGAAGCAAGUAUUUUGAACCGGGCUUCAUCCAAUGUAAAGAUUUUUGUUGUAGAAUGUAUGCAGUUAGCGCAUAUUUAAUUAGAUAGCACCUCAUUUGCAUACUUAAACAUAACAUUUAAAAAAACAUGUAAUACAAAAAAUGUUUGUAAUUCCUAAUGUAAUCAAUCAACUGGGUAAGUACAAAAGACACAAAAGAAAAACAAAAGACAUUUUGAAGAAUAAUUGUGAAAGUUAAUAGAGUCCAAAACAAGAUUCAUUGUAUGAAAAAAAAAAAAAAAAGAACAAUAAGACAUUUCUCAAAAUAUCCUCUUUGGUGUUCCAAAGAAGAACAAAAGUAAUUCAGGUUUGGAGCAACAUGAGGGUUAAUAAACAAUGACAGAAUUUUCAUUCUUAGGUUUUGGGUUGCUCAUCCUAACAUUCCCUAUAGUUUCUUUGCUGCUUUGAGAUUUACCAUUCUUUAAUGUAGGACGAACUGAUGUCAAAGAUAUACUGUACAUGAAUGCAAAGAUAUACAUGAAUGCUUCCCUUUAUGUAUCGCUACCCCGGCGCUCUCGGAGAUUAGACAUGUUGUUCAGCUACUUAUUAGGUUUCACAUUAUGUGUUUCCCUUUCAAAUAAUCGCCGUUGGAGGGAAAAAAUAAGCAAUUAAGUAGUAACAAGCACACUGCUUUUGAGAUGCAUCUCUUUGUAAAUCCCACCGCCAGGCUGGGACAACCUAGGGGCACAGCAGAUUUACUGGCUUGUCACUUAAUAAAAAACAUAAUGGCUUCUUGUAAUUGAAAGUACAAUCAAAAUGGGCCCAACGGGAAAUGAAGCGAAUAUGUCACAGAACUGAAAAGAAACAAACUAAGAUAUUAAAUCUUUGAAAGUAGAGAAAUAGACCAUUAGAAACACUUGUGGUUGCUUGUUACAUAAUUACUCCUUCAGUAGUUAAGGUAAUUAGCUUAUUGAUUCCGUUAUCUUAUGUGGUAAAAGGUCAUUUACAACCCUUUCAAUUGCUUUGCGCACUACACACUGAAAAUUACUGCCACCUUCAGCACAUCAUUACAAAGCAGAACAUUAUGACACCUGACUGUGAAUCUGGUUUUUGCAUCAAUAUACAGUGAGGAAAAUAAGUAUUUG